AUGACAGGCUUUGGUGGAAUGGUGACCUUCUCCAUCAAGGGAGAUUUGGAAAAUGCCAAACAAUUUUUUAAAUCGUCCAAGGUAUAUUUCUGUUAUUUACUGUUAUUAGUAGAGCGUAGCAAUAGUAAAAGGAAAGGGAGUGCAACCGAGAUUGAUGCGACGAAACGCUGCUUGCUCAGUGCUGUGCUUUGGAUAAGACAAAGUUAGUGUGACAAGAUAGAAGGUCAAAGCGUACGUGAUCAGAUUGCGUUCUGUGUAUUCCAUUUAUCGUUAGUGGAAGGCCAAAGGACUGCUACCUACAACGUGCCACGCGUGCAUAAUUAUAGCAUCUUGGAGAUGAAUUGUGCGCUCCUUUGGUUGCCCGAAAUAAUAGAAGCCUGAUUGUUGUCAUGUUGGUUUUUCUUAUUAUUUAUAAUAUAUUCAUGUCGUGAUUACCCCUAAUAUGCAACAGCCAUAAAUUCGCCCCGCUCCUUUGCAAUAAUAUACCCUUCUCUAGUAGCCACACUUACUUCUCCAAUAAGCACCCUCUACCGAGCAGGGUGUCAUAAAAGCCUUUCUUCUCCAGAAAAUCUCCUCCCAUAUCUGUAGUUAGUCUUUUCUCAUCUUGAAUACUGGCAGUCCUCUGCAGCAAGAUAAACCCCCUAUCAGACAAACCUUAUUCUCCAUAAUUGUUAAAAGCCUUUUAUAAGCCCUUCCUCUUUCAAUUAACAACCCCUCUCUAAUAAAACUACCCACGGCCUUUGGAAACCAAAUUUUAUGAUGAUCAAUACAUCCCCGCUUUGGUUGAAACUUAAUACUCACCCCCUGCCCGCCUCCUCCUCAAUUAGCUACCAAUCUCUUUAAAGUAUUUGGUUUGGAAGUCACAUUAAGCCCCUGUUUUUCAUCCCCAAUUCACAAGGAUAAUAUUCCUGUACAUUCCUAACCUCGUCCCCAGAACUUUUCCCACCCGUUUUUUAAGGGAAAAGCCCUGGGGACGAGGUUGGUACAUUCCUGGACGACUACGAGAGUGAGAUUUUCUCAGUACUUAUUAAGUAGUGCGCGAGCUUGAUCCAGCAUCAUUUUACAAUUAACUUUAACGGGCAAACAUGAUAGCCGUCUUCAUUGUACUACGGGUCUUAGGAUAAUGUUGUGGUAGCGAGAACAAGUUUUCGAAUGCUAGAAGUUUUAUCAUUUAGCGCGGAUCUGGAGAGGGCUCUACCUCUUUCAGUAAAAAUAACUUUUCUGGUGCAAACAAGUAAAAUGACGCUUUUCAGGGUGUCUUUUUAACUCUUUGUUUUAGCCCCGAUAUAAACAUACCAAUUCUCCAGAUUGAUCUCCAUACAUUUCCUUAAAAAAAUAGUUGAGAGAAUUUGAAAAAAGAUCAAAUUCUGAUCAAUUUAUUAAUUCUCAAAGACUUUGCUCUUUACAGUGUAUAGAUAUUGUGAGGAGAAAAUUGAUGUUGGUCACUAUUUGGACUUAAAGGGUUAAGUCAAAUCACGUGGUCAUCGUCGUCGUCCUCGAAUCUGAAGGUCUCUAAUAUCGAUCCUUUUUAAUUUCAGUUGUUUACUCUUGCUAAGAGUUUAGGAGGAUUUGAAAGUUUAACGGAACUACCGUAAGUGUUUCAUUUAGUUUUGUGACCACUAAAGAACAUUUUAUAGCAUGUCACUGUUAAAAUGGCCCCUUGUAAUGUCAGCUUUGAAGUUGCAGUUGAAAAAUGCAUUUUGGAGAAGAUAACUUACAAAAUGUAGCGUGAUUAACAAAGAGUCAGUCAUGUGAUUUAUUUGUGUUUGAAACUAGAUACAUUUUGUUUCAAAAGUCUCUCACAUACAAGUAAGAUUCAGACUCUAGCUAGAUAUUGGUAGGUCUAAGGAGAGGAAAUAUGACACUUCCCUAAAGAACAUCUUACUAGAGAGUGAAAACGGUCUUUCAAUAAACGUCUUAGUCAAGUUCAGCCACUUACAGUGAAUCUAGAUGUGUUUUUUUUUACAUCAAGAGUGUUGUUGUAUAGCAAACUGGCUCUAGUUUUGUGGUUUAAGAAGCUUGUAGAAAGUAUUUCCGCGCAGUUUCAUUGCAGAAGCGUAAAUGAUUAAUAUAAGCAGGAAAUAGUUCGCGUUCGCUCAGAAAUGGACAUGUGGACAUCUAUUCGCGUCCUCCAUAAACGCAUGAGGGAGUUUCACGCCGUACACUGUACUUGUGUAGUGGCCGUCAAAGAAAUAUGUACUAAAAAGCGUGAUGCACUUACAGAGCUGUUGUUUUACUUAUAAAACCAAUUGUUUUUUCAAGUCGUCGUUGUCAUGGUUACUUAAGCUCCCUUUUUUUCUGGUCAGUGAUCGGUUGUGAUCCUGUUAUACAUUGUUUUCCAUGACUUUGCAGUGGUUUAGGUGCGAUAUGUAUGCCUUUGAAGAGCCAUUUGGGCCUUCCCAAACUAACCUUUAGACUUUCUAUCGCUAAACAGACAAGUCACUUGAUAUUUCAGGGCAAUUAUGACUCAUGCAUCAGUCCCAAAAGAGCAGAGGGAAGUCCUGGGAAUAUCAGACACACCGGUGAGUUGUACAAACGAAAAGGAAUCUAGCCUGUGUUAACUUUCGCAAAGACUUCUGGAACGUCGUAAAAACAUAACAACUUUCUUUAAUUUUCCAGACAUGUUUCGACGGUACAUCUGUCAUCUUCAGUGUUACGUAUUUUGAAAUCGACGUUGAAUGUAAAGCGCGCGCGAUCUUACAAAGUUCGUUACAUUGCGUUGUCAAUAUUGCGUACUAAAACAAAAAAAAAAUAAAUGAGUUACGACUGAGAAGUACCCAACGUAAGGGAUUUUAAAGAAGAACUUAGGUGUUUCCUGGGGCUCGACUCAGAAAUAAUUCCAGAAAUCUUUGCGAAAGGUAAAGUGGGCCCAGCUUGGUUCUCGUUUCUAAAGUUUUGCUUUAGUUUCGAAGUUAAAGUAUACAUAUUUUCUAUUUAUUUAUCUAUUUAUUUAUUUAUUCAAUCAGUUCCACCCCGUGGUGCGGAACACACAACAAAGCGGGGCUCCAAUUUAAGUGUGUCCUUACAGAUAACCCACCCAGCCCAGGAGAGGUUGGCCACACCUACCGGGAUCUAAGUCCCCUACUCUUUUCGAACAGCAGUGUGAGUUCUUUUACGUCCCACAAGAACCAGAUAAGUGAAAGUGCUGUGAAGCGGGACGUACAGUUUUUCGUCCUUAUCCGGGAAGAGUAGAACUUGAGUCUAAUCGAUUGCAGAUGUCAUCGCAAGGGCAGCACUUUCUCCUCAGUUAUUUAAACACCCUGAGAGUUGUUUCGGCUGGGGUUUGAGUCCGCGACCUCCUGCUCAGCAGACCGGCGCUCUCCCAACUUAGCUAACCAGGCGGACUGUCAACCAGGCGGCGGACCUUUUGCAGAAAAUGAUAGUAUGCAAAAAGCAAUGUACCUUGCCUCAUACUAGGUUUUGCGGUGGAGAUAUUUCUGAUUUUAGUGGUUGUUGUCUUUCUCGAUUUCUAUUUCUUGCCGAAGGUGUUACUGAAGAAAAGUUAACUGUAUUGUUAAUUUUCAACCACUGACUCGGACGGUGGUUGCUUAUGUUUCUUAAAAAACUUUUUCGCCUACAUUUCUUUUUUAGCUGUUAGCACAUUCACUCGUCGAAUUACUAGUUUUAGCGUUGACCCCGAAGACCACUGAGACUGCCAUUCGAAGUCUAGUAUGAGCCAGUGGUCUGUCUGUGGUUCAUCGACCGUAUGUUCUCGAUAGCUUGUUGCUGAGGAAGUUAGAGUUGACCGUUCUCUGUCAAUUUUAAUAGUGAACUAGUGAACUACUUGACAGGGAAGCUACCUGGCUGAUCAUGAUCAUUGCAUUGUAUUUUAGAUACGUUUGUCUGUGGGCUUAGAGGACACUGAGGAUUUAAUUGAAGAUUUGGAUCAAGCCUUGAAUAACGCGGUAGGUGGAAAGAAUUGUUAG